AUGAGUCAACACAAGAUCCUUGUCAAUGUCGCAGGCGACAAGCACGAAUUUGACCCCGAGCGAUGGACAGCAGCAGCAGCAUCCUCAACAACCUCACCACCGCAACUCCCCCACCGCCACCCCGAAACAGGCAUCACUGUGCUCAUCGUUGGCGCCGGCAUGGGCGGCCUGAUGUCGGCGCUCGAGUGCUGGCGCAAGGGGCACACCGUGACGCGCAUCCUGGAGCGCAGCCAAGGCCCGGUAUACUCCGGAGAUAUCAUCGUCAUGCAGCCCUCAGCCCUAGCCGUCUUCCGCCACUGGCCCGACAUGGCCCGCGAGCUCGAGACCGAGCAGGUGCACGCAGACGUCAGCUAUGAGCGCCAUACGGGCGAGCACAUCUACGGCCCGACGGUCCCCUCGUUCAACGACCCCGAACACCUCGCCGAGCGGGCAAAAAGGGGCUACCCUGCGGUCGCCCCCGCCCAGAUCCGCCGUUUGUUCUUCCGCAUGCUGCUGCGCCAGGUCGCUCGGAUUGGGCUGCGGGUUGACUACGGCUGCACGGUGCGCGACUACUUUGAUGAGGACAAUGAUGAUGAUAACGGCCUAUGGAAGGAAAAGGGGGGGAAAGGGGAUCACAGAGGCCGCGGAGGCGUGGUGCUGGAAUCGGGCGAGGUGUGUAUCGCCGACGUGGUGAUUGCCGCGGACGGACUCAAGUCGCGGUCCGAGAUGCUUGUUGCUGCCGGAGAAGGACAGACUACUACUACUACUCCCCCGCGGUCCAGCGGCAUGUCCAUCUACCGCACCGCCUACCCACGCGAGCUUGCUAUGCAAGACCCCACGGUGCGCGCGCGCUGGGGCGAUGCGCGGCCGCGCUGGGAAUACUGGCUCGGCCCGGGCAUGUACAUGGGCAUCUUCCUGUCGGACGACACCGUGUCGUGGGGGUUUACGCCGCGGGAUAAGACGGCGGCAGACUCCGCAUCCGAAACGCCCGAGCCUACCGAGUCCUGGGAGCCCGACGCCGACCCGGAAGCCGUCGCCCAGGCACUCCUCCGCGGCGCGCCGGACUGGGACCCGGCCGUGGCCGCGCUGGUGCGCACAGCCCCGCGCGGUGCCGUCGUUCACUGGCCGCUGCUCUGGCGCGACUUGCGACGCACCUGGACAUCAUCGGGGAGCCGCGUCGUGCAGGUGGGUGACAGCGCGCACAGUUUCAUCCCGACGUCCGGAAACGGCGCGACCCAGGCGCUCGAGGACGCCGUCACGCUCGCGACAUGUCUGCAGCUAGCGGGCAGCGCGCAGCGGGUGGGCUUGGCGGCGCAGGUGUACAAUCUGCUGCGGUACGAGAGGGUGAGCUGUGCGCAAAAGAUGUCGUUUGUCAACUCCCAGCUCAAGACGGCUACGGACUGGGAUGCGGUGCGGGCCGAUCCGGCGCGGAUCCGGACGAGGUUUCCCAGCUGGAUCUUUAAACACGAUCCGGAGGCGUAUGCGUAUGAAAAAUAUGGCCAGGCGUUUGCACACCUCGUGGCUGGGGCUGAGUUUGCCAACACUAAUUUCCCGCCCGGGCACAAGUUUGUGCCGUGGACCAUUGACGAGGUGUGGCGCGAUAUGGAGGCUGGGAAGAAGGUGGAGGAUUUACUAGAUGGGGACUGGUCGUGA